AUGCGGGUGAAUGUGGCACGGGUUUGGGAAGAUGCGGAUUAUGUGAAAGUUCGUAACAUGUGUGACAGCACCCAAGGAUGGCAUGAGGUGUACAAAAAGAAGAUGAUCACUGUUUAUACGCAGUCAGUUCCGUGCAGUCAUUACCAGAUGAUUAAGGCGGAGGCGAAAUUCCCUGAUGUCUUACCGAGUGUUGCCUACGACGUACUACACGAUUCGUCCUAUCGAGCUCAUUGGGAUCGACACAUGGCAGCACAAUGUUACAUAGGAAUGAUAAAUCCAAACAAUGACAUUGGAUACUAUGCGUUGACGGCGAUGCCACCAAUUCGUGCACGUGACUUUGUGAUGCAACGUUCUUGGCUUGAUACUGGAGAAGAAAAGAUGAUCUGCGGUCACUCUGUUUGUCAUCAGGAUUAUCCUCCUAUGAAAGGUUUCAUUCGAGCAACUGCUUUGCUCUCUGCAUAUCUUAUUCGACCGUUUGAUGAGAAUGGGUGCCAAAUCACCUACAUAAGUCACUCAGAUCCUAAAGGAAAACUGCCGACAUGGUUGGUCAAUCGUCUAACACGGGUAAUUGCCCCUAAAGUUAUUAAGCGGUUGCACAAGGCUUGUCUUGCAUAUCCAGAUUGGAAAGAAGAUAACCAACCUCAUCUCAAACCUUGGAUUUUUGCGGAGCAACAGAUGGAAUUUCCGCGUGUCGAUUUAUCCAAAUGUCAACCUCAGGAAUAUGAACAAGAAAUUAUAGACGAGUCUUCUGAACGUCCAAGCAAGGAAAUUGACGUUGAAGAAGAGUAG